CAGCCGCUUCGGAGGACGUGUUUCCGUAAUUCCGACGCGACCCUUGACGGAACGGGUUGCGGUUGGCGCGCGUGGGCUUAGUUCGCGCACGCGCGCCGAGGUCGGUCGAGUAAGGAAUCGAUAGGCGCAGCUUUUUCUUAAAGGGGCAGAGCCCUUAAGACGGGGUCUCCCCGGAGGAGCAAAGCGCCGUAGCCCCGAGCUGCAGGGUAAAAGGGCAGAGUUCAACAGCGCCUUUCCAGGUGGAAGUGCAUGGACUAGUCAGCCCUGCCUGAUGAUGUCAUCCCCGCCUUGGCCAGUGAUGUAAGCAGGGGACGGGCUUUCUCUCGCAGCGCACUGACAUCACUUCCUCCUCCGGAGUCUGCGGCGAACAUCAAAAGCGUCUGAGGGAGCCGAAAUGGAGCAGGAGUGCCUGGCCCUUGUCGCGGCCUGUGUCCAAACCUCCCAGUUGCUGGUGCAGCAGUGGAUGCUCAACAGGCGCACUGUGAUUUUUGCCAUAGCGAGGAUUCUGCAGCGGAGGCGCUUCCGCAGAUCCGCCGCUGUUUUGAGGCGCAUCCUCUCCGCGAGCGUCCGCCGCAAGAGAGCCCUGCUGCGGCUGCACCGAAACGCGAUUGUCUCGGUGGUGACGAUGGUGUACUCCUCGUCCCCUGCCCUCCACUACGAGCACGAGCUGAUGGCUUUGUCGGAGCGGUCGCACUGGAUGCUCCCACGAUGCAGCGAGUGGUGGGAGCGGAUGAUCUCCUCGGAGCAGGACGACAAAUGUUGGAUUUCUUUGUUCAGGAUGUCGCGCUCCACCCUCAUGUACAUCGCGGAGGAGCUGCGCCCAGCUCUGCAGCGGCGAGACACCGGAAUGAGGUCCCACAUCCCCGUCGAAAAACGGGUCGCCAUGACCAUCUGGAAGCUGGCCCAUCACGACAGCUACAAGACCGUUUCUGAGCUCUUUGGGGUUGGGAUUUCAUCGGCUUGCUCCAUAUUUGAAGAGGUCUGCGAGGAAAUAAACAGCAGGCUCUUUGCCAAAACGAUUCAGCUGGGAGAUCCUCAGAAAAUCAUGGACGGUUUCAAAGAGAUGGGCUUCCCCAACUGCCUUGGCGCGAUCGAUGCGGUGCACAUUUCUAUCCUGUGCCCCCCGUUCUCUGCCGACUCCUACAUUAACUGCAAGGGCUUCUACUCGAUGGUCUUGCAGGCGCUGGUGGACAGUAAAUCCCGUUUCACUGACAUCUACGUUGGUUUCCCCGAGAGGUCCCACGAUUCCCGCAUCCUGCACAACUCGCCCUUCUUCAACAACAUGGACGACGGCACCUUUGGGCCGCAGAACCCAACGGUUUUGGAAGGCGUCUCGAUGACCCCGGUCAUCAUUGGGGACCCCGCCUACCCGCUCCGCCCCUGGCUGAUGAAGCCGUACCCGGCUCCGAAAACUGCGGCGCAAGAGCAGUUUAACGAAAGGCUCGCUAAGUGCCGGACGUGCGUGGAGAGAGCGUUUGGGGUCCUGAGGGCUCGCUGGAGAUGCUUGCAGAUGCGCCUGGACGUGAGGGAGAAGCUCAUUCCUGUUGUCAUCGCCACGUGCUGCAUCCUGCACAACAUAUGUGAAAUCAAAGGGGAUGAGUUGUUGGAGCCGGUGGAAAGUCCUCCAGCGGCGGAAAACCAGAAUGCUUCCGCCAGGCCAAGGGUGCCGCUGUCAGAGGCCGGGCUGACCAAGAGGGCGUGCCAGAUAAGGGCUGCUUAUUGCUCUUAUUUUGAAAAGAAUCCCCUGUGAAUGAUAAGGGUUCACUUUCCCAUCUGAUUUUACCGGGUGUGAAUGCCAACACCUUCAGUGUGCGCACCCAAGUUGACGUCAAAUAAAAAGGAUAUGAUUUUGAA